GGUAGGCGCGAAGCGCUCUUCCUCCGGCGGUGUUGGGGGGCGCGCGCGCAUGCGUCGCGAGCGACGGGCGGGGAACCUCUCGGCGCGUGCGCGCCGGGCUCUGACGCGAGCGGGAGAGGAGCACCGCGGCUGCGCCGCGCGGGGGCUGCCGGGGCGGCGCUCGAGCGCGCGUCCGCACGGCGCAGGCGUAGGAGGAGCAGCCCGUCGAGGGGCGGGGCGGAGCGGAGCGCCGACUGAGGCGGCUACAGCCGCGAGGAACCGAGCGCGGCGGCGGCGGUUUGCCGGGCCCGCAGCCGGUUCUCCCGGCCAGGCAUGAUCGAGAUGGCCACGGACAAAGAGACCUUCCUCGUCCCGGCGCCGCCGCCCCCGUUGCUGAAGGCCCCGGCCGAGGACGAGGCGCCUGAGGGGCCGCCGGCAGCCGAAGACCCCCAGCGCCGUGAGGAGACGGCCUCCGAGCAGCUCCAGCGGCCCCGCAACGGCUUCCAGGCGCCCCCGAGGGCCCCGGGCGCCGGCGCCGGAGGAGGGAAGCGGCGCAACAGCUGCCACGUCGGGGGCUUCAAGCCUCCGGCCUUCAAGCGGCGCCGCCGGGUGAACUCGGAGUGCGACCCGGUGCUUCCCUCGGAGUUCCUGCUGGGCGGCAACAUCUUCGACCCGCUGAACCUCAACAGCCUCCUGGACGAGGAGGUGAACCAGGCGCUCAACGCCGAGACCCCCAAGUCCUCGCCUCUGCCGGCCAAAGGGCGGGACCCCGUGGAGAUCCUCAUCCCCAAGGACAUCACCGACCCGCUCAGCCUCAACGCCGCCCAGGAGGACCCGCCGGUGCUGGCCUCCCCGCUCAAGGCCGGGCGCAAGCGGCACCGCCACCGGGGGAACCAGCGGGCCGUGGGGGGCUCGGAGGGGGCCGGGAAGCCCCCCGCCGCUGCCGCCGCCGUUGCCCUCCCCACGGCCGCCGCCCCGCCUUCCUCCUCUUCCUCUUCCUCCUGCAGGUCUUGCCAGAAGGCCUGCAACGGGGCCACCCCGCAGCCCUACGAACUCAACACCGCCAUCAACUGCAGGGACGAGGUGGUCUCUCCCCUGCUGCCGGAGGGCGGGGAACAGCCCCCAGUCCAGCCGGCCUCCAGGAGCACCUCCAUCGCCUCUUCCUCUUCGGUAAGUGCCGGGAGUCGCCACCACCACCACCACCAUCAUCACCACCACCACCGCAAAAGGCGCAGGACUUGUAGCAAAUCCGAAGGGGGCAGCCGGCAGCACGGGGCCAGCGAGCAGCCUGGACGGAGCAGCCCCGAGCCGGGGCCGAGCCUGCCCCCCCGCAGCCGUCACCCCCAGGCGGCCUCCAUGAAUCAGCCGCAGCCUCGCCGGGCCUCGCGCAACAAGUUCCAGUACGGCAACUACUGCAAGUACUAUGGCUACCGCAACCCCAACUGCGAGGACGUUCGGCUGCGGGCCAUGAAGCCCGAGUGGUUCCGAGGCCGAGAGGUGCUGGACAUCGGCUGCAAUGUGGGCCACCUGACUUUGAGUUUGGCCAAGAAGUGGGGCCCGGCCCGAAUGGUGGGGCUGGACAUUGAUGGGGCCCUAAUUCAUUCGGCCCGCCAGAAUAUCCGGCACUACCUCUCAGAGGAGAUGCAGGAAGAACAGCAGCAGCGGCCCCAGGACAGUCACGGCGAGAGGGAAGGGGUUCCCCCAGCCAAGAAAACCUUUCCUGCCUCUCUCACGGCCAGCCGGGGUCCGAUUGCUGCACCCACAGUGCCCCAGGACGGGGUUGAUGCAACGGUCUUCCCUAACAAUGUGAUCUUUGUCAAGGGCAACUACGUCCUGGACCGGGAUGAGCUGCUGGAAGCUCAGAAGCCGGAGUACGACGUGAUCCUCUGCCUCAGCGUCACUAAGUGGGUGCAGCUCAAUUGGGGCGACGAGGGGCUGAAGCGCCUCUUCAAGCGCAGCUACCGCCACCUGCGGCCCGGCGGGGUCUUCAUCCUGGAGCCCCAGGCCUGGUCCUCCUACAAGAAGAGGAAGAACCUGACGGAAACAAUAUCCAGGCACUACCAACGGAUUAAGCUGAAGCCUGAGCAGUUCCCUUCCUACCUGACCUCCUCCGAAGUGGGCUUCUCCAGCUACGAGUUGGUGGCCAUGCCCAGAAACACGUCAAAAGGAUUCCAGCGCCCCAUCUAUCUCUUCCGCAAGGGCCACCUCGGAACGCAUUGAGGAGCCUCCUCGCCAGACCUCGGGUGCCUCCCGGGCUGCCCCCUCCUCUUUUCUUGAUGUGCCACGGCUGCUUCUCCAGGGCUGGAGGCGGCCGGGCUAGCCCCCCCCCCCACUGCCCCCCACCGAUGAAUGUUGGCGUCCUCUAAAGGCAGAAGGGCCGGCCAGGUACAAGCGGGCGAUGGAUUUUGGAGCUGCCUGGCCUCGGCAAGAGCCCCCCCCUGAGAAACGGGGGUGGGAGGGGCAGCACAGUUCUUCUGGGACCCUCCUGCAGCACAGCCUCCGAUGGGGUGCAGGACGCGUGGGGAGGUUGAGGCGGAGGCAAGGCAGCCCUGCCCAGGAUUGGGCCUCGUCUCCUGGGAGCUCACAGAGCUGCUUUCACCCCUCCAAAGGCGGAAGGAUCUACCCAG